UGGUGGUGUUCCAGGUUUGUCUUUUUUUUAUUUAUUUAUAAAAAUCCCGUCAUUCUUGGAUCUUUGUAACAAUGGUAAAGUGAAAUUAAGGUUUCCCCCCACUGAUUUGGUGAAAUGUUCUUCAAAGUUUGAUGCUUUUUGGCAAUUCUUAAAGGGUGGUUCUGUUUUGAUUAAGAAAGAUACCGAGAAUUGUAGAUUAGCCAUUUUAAUUUGUGGGUUGAGUUGGGUGCUGUUUUCAAGCUUUGUUUGGAUCUUUUUUUUUUCUUCAUUUUUUGCCGUCGGGGAUCAAGUGAGUUGGUGCCAAGGAUUAAGUUGGAGAAUGCUUUGCUGUGGUUUCUUAUUCUUACAGUUGGUUAAACAAGAAGUUUUCUGUUAUGAGGUUGAUUAAUACUUGUGAUCGGAAUAAAAGAUGGAGUUAUUACAUGGAAGCUUAAUCCCUCGUUUUAAAAUUCGACGACCAAUAUCGGUUUUUUGUAAGCGGAUCAAGAAACAAGAUUCUCUUCUCAUCGUAGAUCUCUUUAGAGAAAAUUUCCCAAUUUCGUACACUCGAUGUAGAACCCUUGAGACACAUUGGGAUAAUACCCAAAGCAUUCGGCACCUAAUUGUUCCCAGUAAUGAUGACUCAAAGCAGCCCGAGUUGAUUUUCAAUCGGCUACAACUCAGUGAUGAGGAAUAUACUGAUAUGCGGUGUAGCUUUGGUCGUUACAUUGCUCGCGAAGCAAUAUUAAAUGAAGAAUAUUGGAUGGCAGCAUGGCUGCGCGCAGAAGCCCAUUGGGAAGCCGCAGCUUACAAGCGGCAUGCUGAGAGUUUUAAAUUGAAGUAUGCUGAUCAGGAGUUCAAAGCUUUGAAGAAAAGAUGUUCAGGACAGGAUGGGAACUUGUUGCAGUGUUUCUGUCUUGUUGCUGUUAAAAAGGAAGUAAAAAAUAUGAAAAGAACGGUCUUAAACAGUAUCGUUGGAACUAUGGACUUGAGCAUCCGUCAAUAUUUGCAAGGAGAAACAUAUCCUGGGGAGAUAAAGAAGCAGUCGUGUGUUUUGGCAAGUAAACAACCUUUUGAUGCGCACAAGUAUGCCUACAUUUCAAACGUUGUUGUGGCCAAAUACGCCCGUCGUCGUGGAAUUGCAAUUAACAUGUUAGGCCUAGCUGCUCGUAUUGCUGCAUCCGUUGGUAUGAAGAAACUAUAUGUUCAUGUAACCGUAGACAACAAGCCCGGCCAGGAAUUGUACAAAAAGCGGGGCUUCGAGUUUGUUACAAGUGAUGCAUCAAGCAACGGGCAUCUACUAAUGCGGAUGGAACUGUAAGCCAUGCUCUAACGUACUUUUGGGACUCCUGGGCGCGACUACAUUGUAAAUUUGUUUGUGAAUGAUGCAAUUAUUUAUAGUAUAUGUGAAUGUUUGUUCUUGUAUUACAAAAACACAGAAUACCAAAACAAGGAACCAUACGAGCUAAGAAAAUACAUACAUCUUGGCUUAUGUACGUGUUUGUAUGCUGUAUAUCCAACAUUUUAAUCAAAGAAAAAAAUGAUAACAUGAGUACA